ACGCAUGCUCAAUCACUACGUUGCUUUCAGGAACUGCUUCAUAUAUUUUUUCUCAGCAGUUUGUGGUGUUUGGUUGGUCUUACUGUGCGCAUGCUUUGUACGGUAGCCGGUUAUGGCGGCGGUGUGUGAGUGUCCAUGAGGCCGACAGAAAGACCAUUCACACGGACUGAGAAAGCAAAGAAAGACCGAGGCUAUGGCUGGAGUGUUUGAUAUUGAUUUGGACCAGCCCGACGACGCCGUCUCUGACGAGGAGAUUGAAGAGGGAGCUAAUUUCAGUGAAUACAUGGACCAUGGAACUGGCUAUGAAUUUGAUAUGGAGAACUGUGAGAAGUUUGAAAUCUCUGAGGACAUUGUCAACAAAGGAACCGAGAAAAUCCGACCGGAGUGUUUCGAGUUACUGCGUGUCUUAGGAAAAGGUGGCUAUGGAAAGGUUUUCCAAGUAAGGAAAGUGACAGGGGCCACCUCUGGAAAGAUAUUCGCCAUGAAGGUUCUCAAGAAGGCAAUGAUUGUCCGCAAUGCCAAGGACACAGCUCACACUAAAGCAGAGAGGAACAUCCUGGAGGAAGUGAAGCACCCUUUUAUUGUGGAUCUCAUUUAUGCUUUUCAGACUGGAGGCAAACUUUAUCUCAUCCUGGAAUAUCUAAGUGGUGGAGAACUGUUUAUGCAGUUGGAGAGAGAAGGAAUCUUCAUGGAAGACACAGCCUGCUUUUAUUUAGCAGAAAUCUCCAUGGCUCUGGGCCAUCUGCAUCAGAAAGGGAUCAUCUACCGGGACUUAAAACCAGAAAACAUUAUGCUUAAUAACCAAGGUCAUGUAAAAUUGACAGAUUUUGGGCUGUGUAAGGAAUCUAUACAUGAUGGAACAGUGACCCACACUUUCUGUGGUACAAUAGAGUACAUGGCACCUGAAAUACUAAUGAGGAGUGGGCACAACCGGGCUGUUGACUGGUGGAGUUUAGGGGCCUUAAUGUACGACAUGCUGACAGGAGCACCGCCUUUCACUGGUGAAAACAGGAAGAAAACUAUUGACAAGAUCUUAAAGUGUAAACUAAAUCUCCCGCCUUACCUCACACAAGAAGCCAGGGAUCUGCUAAAAAAGCUGCUAAAAAGAAAUGCUUCAUCUCGCCUUGGAGCUGGACCAGGAGAUGCCACAGAAAUUCAGACUCAUCCGUUCUUCAGACACAUUAACUGGGAAGAUCUGCUUGCUCGGAAAGUGGAGCCUCCUUUCAAACCGUUUUUGCAAUCUGCCGAUGACGUGAGCCAGUUUGAUUCAAAGUUUACAAGCCAGACUCCUGUAGACAGUCCAGAUGAUUCAACACUCAGUGAAAGUGCCAACCAAGUCUUCCUCGGGUUUACAUAUGUAGCUCCAUCUGUGCUGGAAAAUAUAAAGGAAAAGUUUUCAUUUGAGCCGAAAAUCCGAUCUCCAAGAAGAUUUAUAGGAAGCCCAAGAACACCAGUCAGUCCAGUGAAGUUUGCCCCGGGGGAUUGCUGGGCAAAGGGUCCUGCAGCAGGAGGAUGUCAAACCGUACAGUCCCCCACAGAAUACCCCAUGGAGGUGGCUGGACUGGAACAAAUGGACGUGACCUCGGGUGGCGAAGCCUCUGCCCCACUGCCUAUCAGGCAGCCUGCAGGCACGAACUCUUUGCCUUUCAAAACGCAGGCCUAUCCCAUGAUGUCCAAGCGGCCAGAACAUCUGCGCAUGAAUCUAUGACCUUCAGCAGAGCCGAGAUAGAAGGACAGUGAAAAUAAAACGACAAACCCUCAAAAUGGCAUGUGAACUCUAGACGAGCCUGAAUGUGUGCGCUUUUUUUCUCUCUGUCUUUCUCUCUGAGAACCCAGAUAAGUGGGGUUUUCAGUCCUCAGCAGAUUCCCAGAGACAUUUGUGUUUCACCCUCCCCUAGACAGAUUGACUGAGACACAGACUGGGCUAGGGUUGGGAGUCUUUCUCAUCAAUAAUGUAGCACAGACUGGAAACAAAAAUCUCUUAAACUGAAUUCACUUCACAUCUGCAGACUUCCUCUCAAUGACAUGCUGUCCAUGUCAGUAGAUUGUUCUAAUUAUAUUGCUGUCAAGAAAUUGCUUUCACUGAAUGCUUGAAAUUUUACAGUAUUACUUGGAGGAACAGCAUUGGAGUUCAAAAUAACAAAUGAUUAAUUGCAAGGAUUGUUACUGAAAAGGGAUGUGGUCGGUAUAUGAUGAAAUAAUGAAAUCUAUAUUAGUCACAAUAAAAAAAAGUUUACUUUUUUUUUUUUUUAAAUCUUUUAAUUACAUGAUUUGAAUUGUAUUUUUUUUUUUCCUUUGUUUUUUCUAAGCUGGGUGGAACUGAAAGCUCCUAUACUAAUGUGGAUAAAGCAAGUUGUGUACACAGAAACCUGUUUAGACAAAUCAAACAUUGACUCCACAAGGUACCCUGUUACAUUGUUGGUUGUUACCUGAUCAGCAGGGAUUGGUAAGUACUGCACAGAUACAGUUUCCAUGGAUAUUGGUGAAAUGGUACCAUUUUUGGAAAACUAACAGUGUUGUGUGUAGUGUUGUUUUUUUUUUCCCCAGAAAUUGACAUUUAUUUUCAAAACCUAACCCAUUUUACAAAAUGGUUUAGCAUUCACAAUUGUUAUCCGAAGUUGAAGUUGUCCCCUCCAUUCAAUUUGUAUUUCAUCAACCUGGAAUAAAGUUAUUUCCAUUUCAAGAAAACACUGGCCCAACAGUGGAGGACAUGCGUGUGGUAGAGGGGUAGUCCUGCAGUAUGCAGAACCCUGCUAAAGCAUCAGUGUACACCAUUGAAUGUAUUACUAUUUGAAAUGCCUUUCGAGUAAAACAGAAAGACUCAUGCAUUCAGAUCACUGAUGUUGAUUACCUGCCUUAAGUCGACUCUUCCAUGCUGUUAUAGGCAGGAAACAGGUGAAUGUCUGAUUCCCUGUGAAGGUAAGCUUGUGAUCAGUUCCCCUGUCUGGUAAUAUAGUCUGCUAAAUCUUACUAAACUGUACAAAGAAUUGAAAGGAUUAGUGUCGCAGUUUUUCAUAUAUUUAUGAUCCCAUUUGGCAUCCGUAUUAAAACACGAUUACAAGAACGUAAAGCUGCAACCAAAACCUUUUUACUGCCUUAAGGAGUAUUUUCAGGAGCAUGAGCCAGUGAGGUUUUUAUUUGUAUUUUUUAAACAAUUCCCCACAAACUGCAAAUGCGUAGUUCUUUUCUAAUAUGUUCAUGUAACUGACUGCUACCAUUCUUUGCUUGCAUGGGUUUCAUCUGGAGCGACUGGGGCUGCUGCAUCUGUGUUCUAAUUUUUGAGCCAUAGGAGUAAAGCCAUACACUCUUGUUAUGGACACAGAACAAAAUAACAGAUCUGUGUCCAUGUUUCUGUAGUGGAUUUAAAUGGAUUCAAAUUGGCUACACACAUUUAUUAUUUCAUUUAAAAGAUUCUAAGAUGGACAAGCACCCUUGGGAUUUAGUAAAGAGAGACACUGGGCUCAGAGUGUUCAAUCAGCCUAUUGCUUUGGGUAUUGUUGCAAGUAUUCUCCCAAAGUUUUAAGUCACUGAUAGUUUAGCCCACAGGUUAAGAGUACUAAUUGGCAAGUACGAUUGCAUGUUUUCAGUACCCUUCACAAGCCAACACUUCUAUAUAAUUGUUUUGUUAUUUGCUAUGUAUAUAUAUAUAUAUAUAUAUAUAUAUAUAUAUAUAUAUAUACACGUUGCUCCAUCAGGUAAGUCUUGUAGAUUUCAUUUAAAUAAGAGAUGCCUGCUGCUUUAAAAAUAAAUAAAUACAUUAAAAAAAAAAUUGGAUAAGGAUACCUUAUACAGGUGACUCAAGACUAGGUGUAGAGGAAAUGUGAAUAAUAGCUUGGCACCUUUUUCUGUUUAUUUUCUCCAUACAAUUUUAUUGCAUUAAUUUAAUUAAUGUUGGAAAAAGAUGAAGCUAAAAACUCAACCAUCUAGUUGAUACAUUUCUGUCUCAGUUUUUGAUUAUGUUUACAUGAGGGCCAGCAGGGAAAUUUUGUUCAUUAAAUUUAAAUCCCUUUUUUUCAGAAAAAGAUUGUCUGCAGUGUGUGCGUUAGAAUUGUUCUACUGCAAAAGGCAGUUAAAUUUGGUUAUUGAUGUCUAAUGAAAUUUGUGUAAUAAUUUUUAAACACAUCAUUCAAUUCCAUGUUUAGUGGCAUUUUCCAAAUUUGUAUGUCCUAUACAUGCAUUUAGUUUGUGUGUGUUUUUUUUGUUUUUGUUUUUUUUAAUUGUAAUUUUUUAUUAUUAUUAUUAGAUUACACCCUCUGGUCACUGGACAGUAUGAUUGAAAAUGUGUGUUGAAAUCAAGUUGUAUAGAGUAGGAGAUAGUUAGUUACUGAAUUAUUGCUACCCAAAAUGUACAGAUGUCUGCAAUCUAGCUUCUAAUGAUUAUAAAAGCAAUAGAUGAUGAAAGUUUUUCAUCCCUAAAGUCCCUAAAUCUCCCUUUGGUUUGUUUAAAUUAAUUUUGGCUUAAAAUCUGGAAAUAAUGAGCUUGGCUUGUUUUCACGAGUGCAAAGAAAUUCCAUGUCAUUACUGUGAAUUUUGUAUUAUUAUUAUUAUUAUUAUUAUUUUUACUGAAGUGCCAUUUAUUUGCAAUCAAGCACACUAUGCAAAUUAACUAUUUAUUUGUAAAAAGACUGAAAUGUAGGCCUGUCGUACUCUAAAUGCUUACAGAAGUAAAUUUAAAAAUUAAGAGCAUUCGUUUUAAAAUUGUGUAAUAUUUUUUAUUUUAUUUUUUUUAAUUAUGCUACAUUUAGGGAUUAGGUUGGAGCCUAUUGGACAAUUUUCUUCCAGUUUUUUUUUUCUUUUUUUAACGUAUUACAAAACUUUUGAAGUACAGUAGUAGCUAUUGUAUUUAACAUGUACAAUAUGUAUAAAAUAUUCAAGCUAAAAUGAACUAUUCAAUUUGUUUUAAUCCUUAUUUUACACUUGGGUAUGUAGUGAAAACAGGGGUGUAAUACUGGGUAAUAAACUGUAACCUGCUGUGCAAAGUGUUAACUUGAAUAAUGAAACUUGCGUUCCUAAAGUUUUAAUCAAGUGUCAAUAUGCAACUACUGAAAACAUGAACUGUAGUUUGAGUUGAAGGCAAAAGCUGUUUCAGAUUACCGUUUCACCAUAUGCUUUUAACAUCUUGUCUGUAAUUGCAUUAUAACCUGUAAAUGGGGAAGUAAGACACUGAAUGCAAAAAAGGAUGAAUUUGGCUUGUGCCUUUUUCAUUUUUUGUCUAACACAAAUUGCAACUAUUUAUCUGCAAAGUACAGGUAGCUGCUGAAAAUAAAACUGAUCCUCAGCCACCUCCUGAUUUUCUAACAUCUCUUGUUUUAUAAUUAAAUAAAUUGUUCAAAUCUAUAA